CGGCAAAGGUGGAACGUGGAUGAGGGGACGGGAACAGCGCAGGAGAACAAGCACACACACACACACACACACAYACACACACACACACACACACACACACAGAGCGAAAUGGCAUCGCAUGCGGCGGAGAUUGGGAAGAAGAAGCUUCAGAAUCAGUUGAAAGAACUGACGGAGGCGUUUGCUCUGUUUGACACCGAUCGCAGCGGAACGAUAACCGUGGAGGAAUUAGGCAAUUUUCUGCAGUCGCUGGGUCAAGACCUGUCAGAGGAGGAGUUGUUGGAGGUCGUGCAGGAGGUGGACUCCAAUCAGACCGGUUCGGUGGAGUUCCGGGAGUUCGUCCGGGUGGUGGAAGGGGGAGGAAAACGAGGAGCCGCCUUCCACAAGGAACUGGCGGAUGCGUUUGGAGUAUACGAUAAGAGCGGCGAUGGACAUAUUACACAUGACGAGCUGCAAGAGGUGCUGAAAAAGGCAGGGCAAAAUCUGUCGGAAAAGCAGGUUGGCGCCGCCUUGAAAGCGGCGGACGUGGAUGGGGAUGGGAAAGUCAGCUACAAAGAGUUCCUCAAGCUCCUCUCGGUAACGAAUGGGCAGUAAACCACGAGUAGUUUAUGACCGGAUGAUGGCCGCCGAGGGGCCACCUGUCAGUGUCAGAGGCCAAAACGCGACGCCGACCGCCGAUUUAUUGUAUCGACGGCGCCCCUGUGCCCCGACUUUUGUGGACCGAGUUUAUUACGGAUGAUGGCCGCCGAGGGGCCACCUGUCGGAGGCCGAAACGCGACGCCGACCGCCGAUUUAUUGAAUCGACUGCGCCCCUGCGUCCCGACUUUUGUGGACCAGGCGACCAAACAUUUUCAACAAGGCUGGGGCCGUGCACUGGCGGUAAAAGAUGAGAUUAGAUUCGAUUCGUUUGAAUACGAUCACCGGUGCAGCCUGACGCUGUAGAAGUGAUGGCUUCUGCGCGUUCCUUGCAUUUGCUUGUACUUCAAAUUUUGUAUUAUGAUCGAGAACGACCGUUCGUUUCCUAAGAAGUAGCCUCUCUGGGGAGUCUCCCCUCUCUCUCUCCCGCUCUCUCUUUCUCGCUCUCUCGCUCUAGCGCGCCUAUACACGC